UUUCCGGUACCGGUUGCGCAUGCGUAGAAGCAGUACAUAGACUCCACGUUGAGAACUCGCCGGGUUGACAGUGAAAAUGGUGUUGGACAUUGAAUUAUUCCGUUCUGAUAAAGGAGGUGAUCCGGACAAGAUUCGGGAAAACCAAGCAAAACGAUUUAAGGAUGUUACUUUGGUCGACAAAGUGGUAGAAUUUGACACGCAAUGGAGGAAACUGAGAUACAGGGCAGAUCUCUUAAACAAACUAAAGAAUAUGUGCAGCAAAGCUAUAGGAGAAAAAAUGAAGAAAAAGGAAGAUCAGGGAAAAGAUACCACAUUACCACAGGAGAUUAAGGAUGACAUAGACAACCUCAAGCCAGAACAAAUGGCUGGUCUUACUGUCACACAAAUCAAACAAGUACGAAUCACGAUAGAUGACAACAUCAAGGAAAACGAUGCUGGACUACUGAAGAGCGAGACGGACAGGAAUGAGGCUCUGAAGGAGAUGGGCAACCAUCUACAUCCUAGUGUAACUGUCAGUAAUGACGAGGAUGAAAAUGAAGUGGUGCGUACUUUUGGGGACUGCGAGACGAGAAAGAAGUACUCCCACGUAGACCUUGUAGUAAUGGUAGACGGAGUAGAUAAUGAUCGAGGGUCGGUAACAGCAGGAGGGCGCGGCUACUACCUAAAGGGUCCAUUGGUGUUUUUGGAGCAAGCUCUGAUCAACCUUGCCAUGGGCAUGCUCCACACACGAAAAUACACACCACUCUACACCCCAUUCUUCAUGAGGAAGGAAGUGAUGCAGGAAGUGGCUCAGCUGUCACAAUUUGAUGACGAACUCUACAAGGUUGUAGGGAAGGGCAGUGAAAAGGCAGAGGAGAAUGCUGUAGAAGAGAAAUAUUUGAUUGCUACAUCAGAACAGCCUAUUGCCGCUUACCACAGGGAUGAGUGGAUACCAAAAGAGAGUCUACCCAUUCGUUACCUUGGUUACUCUACAUGCUUCCGACAGGAGGUGGGGUCACAUGGACGGGAUACACGUGGAAUCUUCAGGGUCCAUCAGUUUGAAAAGAUUGAACAAUUCUGCCUGACUUCUCCUCAUGAAAACAAAUCUUGGGAAAUGUUUGAUGAAAUGAUAAAAAAUGCUGAGGACUUCAACCAAUUGCUUGGGAUUCCUUACAGGAUAGUAGGCAUCGUUUCAGGUGCCCUGAAUAAUGCUGCGGCCAAGAAGCUUGACUUGGAGGCAUGGUUCCCUUCAUCAGGAGCAUUCCGGGAGCUGGUCUCCUGUUCAAAUUGUCUGGACUAUCAGGCCCGUCGCCUUAAGGUCCGCUUUGGACAGACCAAGAAGAUGAAUCAAGAGGCGGACUAUUGCCAUAUGUUGAAUGCUACCAUGUGUGCCACAACGCGAGUGAUAUGUGCCAUACUGGAGAACUACCAGACAGAAGAUGGAGUCCUUGUUCCUGAGCCUCUUAAACCAUUUAUGCCUGAAUGUUGGAAGGUGAAAAUCCCCUUUGUCAAACCGGCACCCAUUGAUCAAGAAGAGACAAAGAAACAAAAGAAGCAUAAGGAAGGUCAGAAGAAGGCUGAAAAGAAAGGUGCUGCGAACUUAGAAACCGACGUACAGAAAAUGAACAUUGACAAGUAGCUGUUUAAUUUUAUUAUUGUGUAUGUUUCUUACAAUGCAUUCUCUGUGAUGUACUGCUAAUGUAGCGUCCUAAGUAUCUGACAGUUACCUGACCAUUAAGUAGGUGGACAACACAGUGUCAUGGUGAUUUUAUACUCCUCACUGACUCACCCAUGUGGUGGUCAAGUUGUUUGUCAAAAACAGCUUUUGAAGAAGAUUUCCACUGAUUCUUUGUGCGUCCAAAUCUAUUGUUUGGUGCAGUGUUUACUGCCAAUGGCAAAACUUGGAAUCUGUGUGCUACGAGGUAUCUAAAGAUAUGUAUGUUGAAAAAUUGUGUAAUAGAUCUUGUCCUGUUACUAAAUGUUUGGUUUUGGGACUUAAUGUCAGCAGUAGAUUAUAUAAUCAAGACAACAAUUAAUUUAUUUUUAAAGUUUUCUUGUUUGCAAGAAAUGAAAAAUGCAUUAUAUUAUCUGCAUUACUACCCAUUUUUAAUUUUCCCUUAGAAAAACUACCUAUGGUGAGAUGUACAUCAAACUCAUGUUCAAAUUAACAAUUAAGUGUGCAAUGUCUUGGGCCACCCAUCCAGUUAACAAUAAUAAUAAGUUACCUCCCUUGCUGUGUAAUACUAGUAUCACUGUGUUUACUGACAUUGGAAUUGUUAUAUUGAUACAAAUAAUAUUGGGUCAUAGACUUAGUAGACCUUAAUUUAGAAUGAUGAUAUUGCUUGAUGACCAUGACAAUAUGAAGACUUAUCUUUGAAUUAUAUUUCAAUCAGUACUAGUGGUUUUUACUGUGGUAGUGCCCAAUAGCACUUAACCUCUGUGUGGAUAUUGUUUUAUGUGAUACUAAAACUGAUCACAUAACAUCAUCAGAAUGACAUGGUACACUUGUUUCUGCGUUGCUGGACUGGAAUUCCAGAAUACUGUAUAAAACUAUGCGAUCCGUUACUGACUUGAUGAUUCCGAAGUGUUUAGCUCAGGACAAUAAUACUGGAUACUGUAAUUAUCAAUGUUCACACAUUUGCUUUCUCCGUGCUACACAAUCCCAGCUAUGCCAGUCCAAAAGGAAUAACAGUAUGAUGUAUUUGCAACAAAAAGAACGGAAAAUAAAUUAUUAAAUCACA